AUGGUGCAAAAGUCUGACAGAAAGCCUGUCCCUACGCCCUGUCCAUAUUCGGAUGCUUCUAGCACGUACUGGCCUCCUGGCUGGAAUUGGGAGCGUCAUGUCGCCCUGGACGACGGCUUUCUCAACCUGCCCGAAGAUGAGCAGGACAAGCUGCGCAAUGGCUUCCGUGAAGCGCUAGGCGAGGAUGGGGUGGAUGAGAUGGCAUCAUACUUGUUUAAAAUUGAACAAGGGCGCGAGGAACAGGCGCUCGUUGACAGCGGUGCGCCGCCGCCAGACUUCCGCGAGCCAGACUUUAUCAAAACAUGGAAGAAGCGGCAUGAGGGGCAGCCGUUUGGGUUUGUGGCAUUCAAGACGACUCUGUAUGACGACGAUGGAAAGUGGAAGAUGUUUAAAAAGAAUGUCGAUGAUAUUCUAAAUGUCCCUUUUGAUAACGUCGUCCAGAGGCAUCGCCAGCACGAGUACGAAGCCGUGGCAUCAGCGAGGAGCUGCUUCAACCUGCUGUGGGUAGAGGACGAGACUCUUGUCGGCGCGACAGCAGACGUUCUUCGUAAACGAUAUACCGCGAUGCUAGACAGCGACAAGGUUCCUCGCGGAAUGCAGCAGACGGCGUUUCUCUGCGCGACUCCCCAAUCCGUUGCUUCUGUUCUGGAGCUUGCCGACGCAGAUUUCCCGUCUACAGAUUCGCGCUACUGGAGAGCCGGAGCACCUUUCCUACUCGCCGUCAUGCAGACUGAGUCUGUCAAUCCCCAUGGCGAGGAAGACCCAGCUGAUCCCGACGAUCCGCACGAUCCACGAAACUGGUACAAGCCCGUGUUCAAGGUCCCUAUCGAGGUCGUCCCGGAUGAGCUAUGGUGUCUGCUAGAAAGCGACUUUAUGGAACUUCAGGAUAUAACUCGAUCUGUAUACGGCAGCAACGAGCUCGGCGGCACCAUGCCCGUUAACAAAUCCGUCGACGAGCUCCUUGAGAUGUGGUGGGGGACAGGGCCUACUCCAGCAUCCCUCAAGCGACGCCGCCGUCUACGAGGAUAG